CUUCUAAUCAUCAUUCCACAAAAUUUUCUUCAUCUCUCUAAUUGUUCCCUUCAUUUUGUUUUCUGAUUUUAAUCUAAAAAAACCAUGCCAGAGGCUCCUUCUACUUUGUCAGAUGAUGGAAGUUUUGACGAAAACAAGAAAAAACUUCUUCAAUUCUUUGAAUACAUCACUACUGAUGCAGAUGAAGUUCAAAAAAAGGUUCUUAAUGAGAUACUUUCUCGUAAUAUUGGUGUUGAGUACUUACAAAGGCAUGGCCUUAAUGGAAAUACUGACUAUGAAAAUUUCAAAGAAAUCAUGCCCGUUGUCACCUAUGAAGAUCUCAAACCUGAUAUUGAUCGUAUUGCUGAUGGUGAUCGUUCAUCCAUCCUUUGUUCUCAACCAAUUUCCGAGUUCUUGACAAGUUCGGGCACGUCCGGGGGAGAGAGGAAAUUGAUGCCAACAGUUGAAGAAGAGCUAGGGAGAAGGUCAUUGUUGUACAGCCUUUUAAUGCCAGUGAUGGAUCAAUUUGUGCCAGAUUUGGAAAAGGGCAAAGGAAUGUACUUUUUGUUCAUAAAAUCAGAAGCCAAAACUCCAGGUGGUUUAUUAGCUCGUCCAGUUCUAACAAGUUACUAUAAAAGUUCGUAUUUCAAGAAAAGGCCUUAUGAUCCUUACACAAAUUAUACAAGCCCAGAUGAAACAAUUCUUUGUCUAGAUUCAUAUCAAAGCAUGUACUCUCAAAUGCUUUGUGGCCUUUGCCAAAAUACUCAAGUUUUUCGUGUUGGGGCUGUUUUUGCUUCUGGUUUUAUCCGUGCUAUUCGUUUCCUGGAAAAGCACUGGCCUCUUCUUUGCGACGAUAUUAGAACUGGAACGCUAAAUUCCCAAAUAACAGACCCUUUGGUGCGUGAAGCUGUGAUGAAAAUUCUCAAACCGAAUCCCAAGCUUGCAGAAUUUAUUGAAACUGAAUGUAGGAAAGAAUCAGGGAAAGGGAUUAUUCCUAGAUUAUGGCCUAAUACAAAGUACAUCGAUGUAAUUGUGACAGGAACUAUGUCACAAUAUAUUCCGACUCUUAAUUAUUAUGGCAGUGAUCUACCACUUGUUUGUACCAUGUAUGCUUCUUCUGAGUGCUACUUUGGUAUAAAUCUUAAUCCUCUUUGUAAACCUAGUGAAGUUGCUUAUACCCUCAUACCUACCAUGGGCUUUUUCGAGUUCUUGCCCGUUGCUCGUGAGGAUGAAGGGCCAGAAAAAUCUAAACCAUAUAACAAAAAUGAUUUGGUAGAUCUUGUUGACGUCAAACUUGGACAAGAAUAUGAGCUCGUGGUAACCACUUAUGCAGGAUUGUAUCGUUAUCGUGUUGGUGACAUACUGAAAGUUGCUGGAUUCAAGAACAAGGCGCCCCAAUUUCAUUUCGUGUGCAGAAAAAAUGUGGCAUUAAGCAUCGACUCUGACAAAACAGAUGAAGUCGAGCUACAUGACGCUGUUGUAAAAGCAUCGACUCAUCUGUUACCAUUCGAAGCAUCUCUAACGGAAUACACAAGUUAUGCUGACACAACAACAAUUCCAGGACACUACGUUUUGUACUGGGAAAUUAACCAAAGCUCUGAAACAUUAAUCCCAACAUUAGUGUUCGAAGAUUGUUGUCUCACGAUUGAAGAAUCAUUAAACAGUGUUUAUCGACAGUGUCGCGUUUCGGAUAAAUCAAUUGGUCCCCUGGAAAUAAAGGUAGUUGAAAAUGGUACAUUUGAUAAGCUUAUGGAUUAUGCUAUUAGCAAUGGUGCUUCAAUUAAUCAGUACAAAGCACCUAGGUGUGUUAAGUAUGCUCCAAUUAUUGAGUUAUUGAACGCAAGAGUUGUUUCAAGUUAUUUUAGCCCAAAAUGUCCUAAAUGGGUUCCAGGUCAGAAGCAAUGGUGCUCAAGCUAAGAGAAGUGCACAGAAUUAAACUUAAUUAGAAGUUAGAUUAGGGAAUUUAAUUUCUACUGUAUUGUCCAGUUUACUACUGUUUCUUUUGUUUCUUUUUUUGUGUGGGUGUUUUGUUGUUCAUGUACAGAAUGUAAGUUGUCUUUUAUUUUUCCAUGUACUUAGUAUCACUAAAUUCCAACAAUAAGCAACAUGGGGGUUGGAAUUAUUGGAA